AUGACCUUGGGUGAGCUGCAAAGUAUAAAACGAAAGCUCACAGAUAAAGCUAUCCCCAAUGUCAUACUACAAAACCCUGACUUCGCCGAGGAUUCGCGUAUGUACCAGGAUUUGGUGGAAACGGAGCGGAAGCUAGACUGGACGAUGAUGAGGAAGAAGGUUGAAGUCCAGGACGCGCUCGCAAGGAACCCUACCACGACACGGACGUUGAGACUCUUCCUCAGCCAUACGGUUUCUGGGCAGCUGUGGCAGACUGGAGGUGGGGGAGCGGAUGAGACCCCAAUGGCAAACUUUGAAACUGGAGAGGGCAUCCCAGCCUGGGCGUUUGAGAUUGAAGGAAGGGUGUUAGAGCGUAAAUUCUCUACCCUCAUAAAACGCAUGGUCGUCGAGCUUGACCGGGACCCAACGCUAUACCCAGAUGGUAACAUCGUUGAGUGGCCCAGGGCUCCUGGCGCGCACAAUCCUGCUAUGGACGGCUUUACGAUAAGACGGACAGGGGACCAGCCAACCAAGAUUCGCGUAGUAAUGUAUGUGCCAGAGUUGGGUAACAUUCUGGGGAUUAAGGAAGAUAGCAGGAUAGGUGUUAUUCAGACGUUCUGGAAUUAUAUCAAGCUUCAAGGUUUACAAGAUAAAGUGGAUAGGAGACUGGUUCGAGCGGACGACAAGCUUCGACAGAUAUUCGGCACGGAUACCAUACCUUUUCAAAAGAUCCCAGACCUCGUCAACCGAUACCUGGUUGCUCCUGACCCCAUCAUUCUGCAUUAUAUGGUGAAUCCGUCAUUGCCGCCCCCAGACAGGCCGUCAGCAUACGACGUUGAAGUGAAGAUGGAGGACACGGCGUUGAGGAGCCGAAUGGCUGUUAUGGUGCAAUCGAAUAAGGAGAGCUCACAGGCUCUGUCGAAAUUGGAUGAGGAGUGCGCCAUGCUAGCUCAGUCGCUGCAUAAUUCACACGUCAAGCGGACAUUUCUUCAAUCUUUCGCGGAGGACCCAGCGCUGUUCAUACAGACGUGGCUGGAAUCUCAGUCGCGAGAUUUGGAGAAUAUAAUUGGCAGUGGGCCAACAGAAGGACUGACGGUUCGGCAGGAGGAACUCAAGAGGAGCGAGUUCUUCCAACUGCCGUGGGUGGAGGAGGCCGUUGCCAUUCAGGAUAUGCGAUUGGCAUGGCAUGAGUGCCACCACGUGACCGUACUGUACCUAUCAUGUGACUAUGUAUAA